AUGGAGACUCUUGACCGCGAGCCAUCGCAAUAUCACCACUUUGUUCCGCAAUUCCUUCUGAGGAAUUUUGCCAGUACAAGCGCCGCUCCAAAAAAUGGCUCGAAAACCUCUACCCGCCAUAGAGCUGGGAAAAAAGUCCGCCAAAGGGAUCCCGUCGUCAACCGCUUGGACUUGUCUUCCGAAGCGCCGAAAGUCGUAGAGAUGCAAGUAAAGAAUAUACUUGGCAAGAUUGACAUGUAUCGGGAUACGAACAAACCUUAUCAACAACAGCAGCAUAUUGAGAAGAUGUUUAGCAGAGUUGAAUCAAAGGUCAGCGCUAUCUUCCGAGACAUUACCAAGUCCUUCAAUGAACGCCAGGGCGGCAUCUGGCUUACACGAAGUCACCGAAAUGAUAUCAGGAAGUUUCUCUUCCUUAUGAAGUACCGAGGAUCGACUUUCUACAGGCGCUACAACCACGAAACAGCGGCAGGGUACAACGCCAAUGAUAGAGAGAAGAUGCUUGAAUACAUGCAGGAGAAAGGGUUUGAAAGACCUAUAGACGUCUGGCUCGAUAACAUCAAAACCAUCAUCGAACUAGAUAUGGAUGAUGAGUUGAGGUGGAUAUCAGAACUCCCACAACGUAUGUAUCCAGACGACGCGAUGUGGGUUAUAAACCAUUGCCAGUCCAUGUUUAUGGCUAUUUGCACCCCGUCUAAUACUCAGGACGAGUUCAUCCUUACCGACAAUUGCUACCAUAUUUUCGAAGGCCCCAAUCAGUUGAUGCUCGACCUGGAGACGGGAAAGUCGAAAGAGGUGGCAUGGACGAACUUCCACGAGUUUGCCCCAAUAUCUCCGAAAUUAAUGAUUGUCCUUCGGAGCAACCUACUUCCGUCUCCAGAGGAUGCCACUGACCCCGAAGCGAAGGCUCAAAAAGCUAAGCUAUGGUAUCUAGCUGUCGAGAAAUUUCAUGGAAGCGACACCAAGUCUACACUAGCUGAUCUUCCUAUCUCGAAGGCUAGUAACAACUAUACCCAUGACAAAGAUGGCGCUCCAUGGUUGAAUGAGGAUGAAGAUGGCUCUCUAAAGCCGCAUCACAAGUUUUUCUUUGAGUUUUUCCCGAUCGAUACGCACCAUGUCAACGAGAUCCACUGCGUAUUUCUUGACAAUGCCAGUUCCUGCACCAGUGUGGUAUUCAGAUCCAAGGAGUCCUUUCUCCAGACUCUUGAGUGGUACCUCACGAAGCCUAAUUGGAGUGGGAAACGUGUUACUUGUCUCCCAGAUGACUUACAACGCCUCUGUUUGAGGAAGCUGGCAGCAGUGUUAAAGCAGAUGGGCUCUGACAAAGAACCCGUUUGGGAGGAAAUCGACGUCCCAGGGCUGAAAUAUGAUGCCAUGCAACAAGUCGAUCGGGCUGGGAUAUUUGAUAUGUUUCCUGAACUACUAGACUCUAUUCCGGACGAUAAUCCAACUGAACAUAUGCAAAUAUACAAUAUCUUAGGUAAUUUACUUUUCGACCCCGUUUCUAUAUUUGCUAAGGAGAACUUCAGGCGGGUCGAAGCAAACGCUUGCAAAGGAUAUGCAACAAGUUCGCUUGAUGAUGAAAUUGCGGAUCAAGAUUGA